ACAAGCUGAAUGAUGAGCACACAUCGUAUACUUAAUUCCGUCCCCAUCAACUAUCUUACAGUUUUCCCCAAAAGCAGCCGUAUAUAUGUAUAGUAUAAAUCACACCCACCAACAAUUCACCCCUUUCUUUCUCUCCAGCUUCCAAUUAUCUGUUCUUCACUCUCACAGACAUGGAAGAUACUUUUGUGCGCUUGCUGCUGGAAAACCUGAACCGGCUACGUCUCCAUCAGGCCGAUUUGAUCUCCGACGUAAAGGAUGAGAUCCAAAGGCUUGAGAAGAAUCUGCUUUUAUUCAAAACAUUCCUCAACGAGUCAACAGAAAAGCGCGAGAUCCUGAAAGAAGUGAUUGAGGAGAUCGUAGAAGUGGUUUACAAAGCAGAGGACGCUGUCGAUGUAUAUGUGAGCCAGGCGCUGGAGAAGGAGACUGAAAAGUACUUCAGAAGGUCGCCUCAUCCGCCGGCGAAGCUUCUCGACGCCGUCGAAGAGGUUGAGUCAACAGCCCAGAGAGUUCAAGAAAAAUACGAGAUUGAUUUUUCCAGGCUGCUCACUGAAAACGAGUUGCUAAUUGGUGGAGAUGCAUCUGACAGUAUGCCUACUCAACCACAAAACCUAGAACGAAAUCAGGGUUCUUCUGUGAGGAAAGACAUUGUGGUGGGUCUUGACGAUGUAACUGAACAAAUAAUAAUAUAUUUAACUGAAGAAACGGAGAUAUUAGAUGCCAUCUCGAUUGUUGGUCUACCUGGCCUUGGUAAGACAACAGUGGCAAGACAAAUUUUCCGUCAUCCAAGAAUUGAAUACGAGUUCCCCAUUCGGCUAUGGGUCUCCGUUUCUCAAGUGUACAGUGUAAAGGAUAUAUUUCUUGGCAUGUUGCGUGACUUGAGUUGGAUAACGGAGGACAUGUAUGAUAAGACUGAGGAAGAGAUAGCACGAACACUUCAUGCACGCCUAGAGAAAGAAAAGUUCUUAAUUAUCUUAGAUGACAUGUGGACUACUGAAGCAUGGGAUGAUCUCCGACGUGCCUUUCCAAUUAAGAGCAAUAAGUCGAAUAAAAUAUUGAUAACCAGUCGUUUAAAAGAGGUGGGUCGAGCUAUUAACCCUAAAAGGAAAUGCCACAUGUUGCGUUUCCUAACCCCGAAAGAAAGCUGGUCGCUAUUAACAUAUUUGGUAUUUGGAUAUCGCGAUUCUUCAACAGGAGAAACAGAGGUGAUGCAAAGUUCAUGGAAGAAAGUCCCUAAAAGCUUGAAGACAUUCGUCCAUAGCGACAUAGAAACAAGAUUCCGGCAAAUUGUUCCAUUCAGUUACCAUGCACUACCGUCUAACUUGAAGCCCUGCUUUCUGUAUCUGGGAAUGUUUCCUGAAGACUUUGAAAUCCCAUUCAAGAGAUUGAUUCUCCUGUGGAUUGCAGAAGGGUAUAUAGAAAAAAAAACAGAGAUAAGCUUGGAGGAAAUUGCAAAGCAGUAUUUGGAGGAUCUCAUCAGUAGAAACCUGGUAAUGACUGACAAAUUGAGCACCACCGGUAACAUUAAAACUUGUCGUGUCCAUGACCUUAUACGUGAUUUCUGCCGGGGUGAAGCUAGCAAAUACUAUUUCCAAGAAAUACAUGGGUAUGGUGGAGAACAAGAUGCUUAUUCAAUUUCUUAUCUACAAUGGAUGCGCCACAUUGCCAUUGAUUUCAAUAAUGUGAUCAAUUUAAUCUCAUCACAACCUUAUGGUCCACGUGUUCGCAGUAUUUUGUGUUCGUCGAGAGAAGAGAUCAUUUUGCUACCUACGGACGUUUCAGCCAUAGCAGAUGCUUUCAAACUUACCAGGGUUCUGGAUGUUAGGUCCAUCAGAUUUACUAGAUUCCCAUUUUACUUAACUCAACUAGUUCAUUUGAGGUACAUUGCUUUGACCAGUGAUUUCAAGGUCCUUCCUGAAGCCAUCUCUAAGUGGUGGAGCAUACAAACGAUUAUAGUUUUUACAUCGUCACGUGUCCUAGAAAUUAAGGCAGACAUAUGGAAGAUGGUUCAUCUAAGGCAUUUGGAAACCAAUGCAUCGAUCAUCUUAUGCAAGGCAGGAGCUGGUGGCAACGGAGAAAAAAUCCAAACACUUCUCAACAUAUCACCUCAAAGUUGCACAGAUGACUUAUUCGAAAGGGCUAUCAACCUGAAGAAAUUGGGCAUCCGGGGGCAACUAACCAUGCUACUCGAUGACAAGGGUGGUUCUACUACAUUUGAUAAUUUGGGAAAAUUGCAACAACUUGAGAAGUUGAAACUAUUGAAUGAUCUCCAUAUUUAUCCAAAAGAAGCUAAAUUGCCUGGUCUUCCUCCACCUCACAGAUUCCCACCGAAACUGAUUAGCCUGACACUAUCAUAUACAUUACUUGGUUGGGAGCAAAUGUCUAUCCUUGGAAUGUUGGAGAAUCUCAAAGCACUCAAGUUGAAAAAUGAUGCAUUCACUGGAGAGCGUUGGGAAGCAGCUGAUGGAGUCUUAGGAACUGUGAGGAACUUAAAGCACUUCCAUUCGGCCUGGCAAAUGUAUCAAGCCUCCAAGUAA